AUGUUAAGAUACCAGGCCACAGAGAUGUUCAUUCAGACAUUCGAUAGUCUAUCACAUAUUUACAAUGAUAUUGAUAACAAUCUAUUAUGGUUCUCAAUAUAUCAUAACAAUGUAAAGGUGUUCAAGUACCUCUGUGCACUUCCAAACAUGUGCCCCCGUGUCAAUACCCUGCCUCCAAUGAUCUACAAUCACUCCAACCUUGAAAUACUCCAGCAGUACUUGGCCAUCACCGGCUACCACUCACUGCCCCUCGACACUCUGAACCGUCUGGCAAUGUGUGUCGACUCGGGCAACGAGCAGUUUGUGCGACUGAUGAUCAAACAAAUCAAGCUGGAUCUUACCGUCGAGAGGCCAAACAGCAAUCUGGUGCGACUGGUUCGCCACGACUUUAAGCGUCGCGGUGUCAGUGUGAGCAUGCUCAGGAUGCUGCACGAGGAGUUCAACUGUCUGUUUGGCCACACGAGCUUCUGGGAGGUAGCGCUCAAACAUUCAAUCAAAUGUAACAUGGUGGACAGUGUGCAGUACAUCUUGAAGAGCAUGCCAGAGUAUGUGUCGUCCAGAGCUGACCACGAAAUGCACACGCUCAUCAAAGGGUGCUUUCAUCGUUGCGCCAAACAUGACAACGCCAACAUGUUCAAAGUGAUCGUCGACAGGUCACGUGUGGCGCGUGACCACCUCAGGGAACAUGACAUUCGAGACUUGAUCAAGGUGGCAUGGGAUCGAUCACACAAAUCAUUCAUCAAGCACCUGAUCAAACAUCAUGUUGGCAACAGCACAAUCACUCAGGUGUCGGAGACCUACCUACUCAACUGCGUUGAGGGUGACACACUACGAGUCACACCCUUGUCAGUGUUCAAUAGUGAUGCUCUCGCACAGGAGCACAUCCAACAGAUCACCGAUACUCUGACGGCCAGUACCUGCCUGUACAUGUCCAAGACAAUGGCAACACUGAUCAGUAUUCAACGCAAUACCAAUCGCUUAAGAUUCGUUGGUCGGUCAAUCAUUAACAUGGUCGAGGCGGUCGGCAAGCCACACAGCAAAAUCACCGCGGACACUGUAUGCCAGUUCAUUGUCAACUGCGACCACGAAUAUAUUGAGCAACUUAAUGAGGCCAUGCACUGCGCGGCUGGUUACUCGGCCGAGUUGCUACGUCUCAUACACACUCAUUUCAAUCAAGCUUAUGAUCAUCACUGUCUGGUGGCCGCCAUCGCCAAAAACUGUCGAUCAACAAUGUCACUGCUACUCCAACAACAAGACUUGAUGCAGUCCAUAACCAAUGAUCCCAGCCUCAGACACAAGAUCACAGGUGCAUCAAGGCGAUACAUCUUGGGUGCUCAAUCAUCGUCGUUGGAGGACAUCAUGUUCAUCUUGGACAAGAUUGAAUGGAUUGCAAGUGACCCUAAUAUAUGUAUCUCGGUAAUGAAGAAUGACAUCAAGGUGUUUGAGCAUGUGUUGAACAUGUUCCAGGUGGAGCAGUUGGAAGACAAGACAUUCCUGAGUGAUCUAAUCACUCAAUCACUAAAGAAUAACAAGCCAAACAUUGUAGACGUACUACAUCAACGAUUGCAAGGAAGGUUGGAUGUGUAUUCAAGUUUGUACUUCAAUCCCAAUAUUCAAACUCUGCAUGAGAUGGCAAUAAAGAAUGCCUAUCUCUCAUUGGAGUAUCACUUCAACUCAUCGACAUUCACCAGCCUGCCAAUCAUACAUCGAUUGCGUACUAUCAACUCGAUAAUGGACAAAGGAUACAGGUGUGGAGUGACCAGAGUGAUCAAAUUAUGCGCGCAGUUCAAAUCAAUCACUAUAAAUCAACCUCAAACAUACACUCUUCAGAGUGUUUGUAGUGUUGAGAUAACCAAACAUACUUGUUCCAGACACUUGGAAACAAUGGUCCAUACGGUGUUUGGUGACAGGAAGCUUGGAAUGAUGAUCAUGGAUCAGAUUGGUGCGAUACACAAGUCACUUGAAAUCUCACCACAUGCUGUAAUCAAAGGUUCAAAGUUACUGGAUAAUCAUAGAUUGCAUGAUUACAUCAAAUAUGGUGCGACGGAAUGGUUCCUCAAAGCAUAUCACUCAAUCACUCCAACACCAUCAUCAUUGGGACAGAACAAAAUAUUACUCGAGGCAGCCUUUGUAUCUGGUGAUGCACGCAUGGUCGAUGCCCUGUUGGACAACCCCAACAUGACACUCUCAGACUUGGACCUCAUGUCCGAGGUGUUUAUGAAGAGUGUAUCAUCGUGUAGACAUCCGGAAUGGGAGAGGAUGUUUGAUGAGUACAUCAGGAUCACAUGCCAGUCCUCCCAACUCGAGUUGGUCUAUCACAUGAUUACGUUGGUCCGGCAUCCAUCAUUCAUACACAAGCUCAUUCAAUCAGGCGUCACACUGCCAUCGAUCAACAACAGCUCUGCCAAACAGAUGGCCGAGUCAUGGAUGACCUCGCCAACCGCCCUGGAAAUGUUCCAGAUGCUCAGGUCACACAAUCUCUUAUCACUCCCCUUACAAUCUGAGCUGUGCCUCAGUGCAAUUGAGCUCCACGUCACACCGAUCGUCAAGUACUUUGUCGAGACAUCCCUGGUGCAAUGGAUGGACGAUGUAUUGCCAAUGGUGAGAAGGAAUACAACCAGAGAGUACCUGUUCAAGUGCUGCGAGUUUGGACGAGUUGAUCACUUAGACUUGCUUCUCUCAUUCAUUCAAUCACCGACAUACUUUGACGAUCUUGAUCCCGAUGCCCCAGAUGGCACGCUUGGUGAAGCAUUCCAAUUGUGCGCCAACAAUGGACACUGUGCAAUGAUCAAAAAGUUGUACUCUAUGGUCGUGGCCACAUCAAAGUUUGAUCAACAACGUGUUCACGAUGUAUUGAUCAGGUCAACAAUCAAGGGUGCAUUGGAUAGUGGACACCUUGACGUCGUCGACUUCCUGCUCGAGACAUCCUCAGAUGUUCCUGCCCCCUUGCCAAGCACAAAGAUAACAAUUGACUCUGUUGAUCAAGGUUUAUUAUCGAUUGGAUUGAUUGACCGACUGAUUGAGCGACUCCAAGCCCAUCCAUAUCUCGAGUGCAAGUUUGGCCAAUUGUUGGGAGCGGCAAUAAGAGUCGGCAACAAACUUGUAAUUCAACCAUUGAUGGAUGGUCAUGGUGGAGUGAUCAAUGACUAUGACCAUGCUCUGGAGAUGGCUGCUCAAGUGGGCGACCUUCAAUCAAUCAAGAUGAUCAUGGAUCAAUCAAAGAGUGCACUGUCUCAUAGACAUAUAUGUUUAUUGAUCGAUCAUAUUGGUUCGUCAAUUACUGAGGAUGAGAUCAUCCAGUUGUCCAUUAGUGCGCUGGGUCUGGAUAAGAUGUAUCCCUCGCGAGAGGACUUAUAUACAAUGUUAUUCAAGGCUGCAUCCAAGUCCGUCACGGUCAUCCGUAUGGUGAUCAACAACUUCACCAACAAUACCAACAAAUCAUUGACCGAAGGCGAGCUCAAAGGUAUCCUGAAAGUGUGCAUCAAACGAGACGACUUGGAGUCAAUCGAUUGUCUGAUCCAACUCGCACUUGAUGUUGGAGUGAUCACCAAACACGAUGUCCAAGACCUCUUGAACGCGGAGCACGUCAGUUCUAAAGUGUUGGCGUACCUCUUUGAAAAGGGAUACCUCAGUGUGGAUGCUCAUCACUACAAGUCCGAUGAUUAUAUACGUCUGGUGUUGGUGGACUGGGCUUGCUCCAAUGGCAAACUGGACAUAAUCCGGACCAUCCAUCAGCGAUGCACUACAUCAGAGCAACUCCAAAGACAUCUUCCAUCAAUCUUCAAUAUUCUCCAGGCAUCAUUGAGAAAUCAUUAUCAAGUGUUAAGAUACUUGUUUGAGUGUGAUGAUAAUGGCCAAGAUACACCGUUCCAGCGAGCUGGUGUACAACUCAACAUGAUCCAAUUAUUAACAUCAGUUCGAAGGUUUUCUUGUGACAAUGGCAAUCUCAAGAUCAUCUCCAUGUGUGAUCGUCUAUUGUCGGGGCUUGGACAGAGAGGUAGUAAAGGACAGCAAGUCGUCCCAUAA